CAACCUCUUUCUAACGUAGACUACCCCUUUCUCUAGAUCGGGACACCGCAGCAUAUUCCACUGAAUACGGUGGUAUAUCCUCCUCCCACGACAGAGUGGGCUAAUCCAAGUUGUCCAGGAAUACGGCUCUGCAGGUAAAAUCAUGUGCCGUCAGAUUUAUCUCCGGUAUUCCUACUGUGGCUGUGAGCUCCGGCAGGGUCCCCUUCGCCAAUGCCCUUUCGGGCCCCAGGACCCGCGUUGCCACGAAAUCAUCAACGUCGUUCGCCCUUCCCCAUCCUCGUCGUAUGAUGCUUGCCCCUAUCAUAUCUGGCUUCGCAAGCACCAGCGCGUUUUCACUUACACUACCAGGGGCUUCGAGCUAUGGGCAGGUGGCCGUCACUAUGGCGUGUACUGGCCGAUCGGGAAGAACCCCGACUACAAUCCCCGAAGCUGGGAUUAUUACGGCGAGCCCUACACGAAGAAGGGUAAGCUGUCCUCCGACUACUAUCUCUGGAAUACGCCCGAAAAGCAACGCACGUUCGGCCUGGCAAGGAAGGCUAACUGGGAUGCCUACUUCCUCGAGAAGCUGAGGAAGCGCUCCACUGGCGGGGAUGGGUACCAGGCCGACGACGAGGCGACCUUCAAAGGGCCGGACCGCCACGGAAGGGGCGGCUUCUACGUGUCUAGAGAGAAGCAGGAGGAAGCUAGCAAGAUCCUGCAGCCGUCCGCCUCCGAAGAGGAGGAGGAGAAGGAUAACCGGUCCGACUCUUGGCUCGACAUCCAGGAAGCGGAACUAGAAGAUGCGGCGCCGUUCUACGAGCCGACCCUGAUGUGGGGCUGCUGGGACGACCGCGAGCUUGUCUCCGAGUCCGUCGUGGAGGAAUCUCAGGGGACGGAGGAGGAUUCGGAUAUGUCGAUGGGCAGCAACUACUAAGCUUGGGAUGUCCUUCUUAGUGCCUCCUUCCAGAGUACUCGUAGGGAUAGUCACCACUGCUAUAGGGCACUGUUGGUGCUGCGAGCCACAGGCCUAUCUGCCAAGUCCCUCGCUCGAAUUGCUGCUCAUGGUCCUCGGCUCAUGCUAUCACUAUUUUUGCAGGUCUCGUGACAUACGGAUCGGUCCACCAUAGAGAGGUAG